AUGUCGUUUAUGGAUACAGCCGAUGCUCCAUCCAAUACACAAAGCUAUGUGCUAUGGAUCCUCUUAGAAGGGGAUGAGGAACCUGUGAAAUAUAAUUUUAAUUUUGGCCCUGACAUUCAGGACCCUAACUUGAAUGAUCUCAAAGCCAAACUCCCUCCUCUAGUUGACGAACUGAAGAAUGUCAAACCUAAGGACAUUCACUUCUUUCACUUUGAUGCGCGCAUCCAUCCUAUUCUCCCAGACGCCUUACUCCAGAAUAUACAGGCAGACAAUGCUGCCAGGAACCCACUUGUCGUUAG